AUGAAAUUCGGCGAGCAGCUCCGUUCUAGCACCAUCAAAGAGUACCAGUGGUACUAUAUCGCAUAUGAUGAGCUCAAGGAGCUGAUGAAGAAAGACUAUGUCUCCCCUCCGACAACGAAGACCCCGCGGCCGAAAAGGCAGGAGUGGACCGAGGAGGACGAGAGCAGGUUUAUCUCACGCAUUGAGCAGGAAUUGGACAAGGUCUACUCGAAACAGAAGCUCAAGGUGAUCGAGAUUUCGAGACGCAUACAGGCUACCGAGCGCGAGGUUAAUGACAUAGUUGCCAGACUGGAUAGUCGGGGCCCGGUGGGGAGAGACUCGGCUGGAAGGAAUGACGAUGACGCACCCACGGAAGAAGAGUUUAUGAUGCUGGAGGAGGAUUUGAACGAGGUAACCGCCGAUGUCAACGAUCUGGCUAAAUUUGUCCAAUUGAAUUACACCGGCUUUCAGAAGAUCAUCAAGAAGCAUGAUAAACAAACGGGCUGGAUUCUCAAACCGGUGUUCGCAACAAGACUAAAGGCCAAACCAUUUUUCAAAGACAAUUACGAUGCGGAUAUUGUUAAGCUGUCUAAAUUAUGGGAUAUUGUGAGAACGAGAGGGAAUCCUGUAAAAGGGGACAGUGCAGCUGGCGGAAGCCAGGGUAGUUUCAUUCGCCAGACGACAAAAUACUGGGUCCAUCCAGAUAAUGUCACGGAGGUGAAGCUGAUAAUCAUGAAGCAUUUACCUGUCCUCGUUUUCAAUCCAAAUAAAGAAUUCGAAGCCAAAGACUCGGCUAUCACCUCCAUCUACUUCGAUAAUCCCGAAAGAUUCGAUCUUUACGAAGGUCGAUUGAAGAAGACAGAAGGUGCCGAAGCUAUCCGCUUGAGAUGGUAUGGCGCGAUGAAUAAUGAGACGAUAUUCGUGGAAAGAAAAACCCACCGUGAAGAUUGGACUGGCGAAAAGUCUGUAAAAGCUAGGUUUGCCAUGAAAGAGAAGAACAUCAACGCAUACCUGGGCGGGUACUUGCUUCCGGAAGCUAUCUUUGAGAAGGCGCGAAAGGAUGGCAAGAAACCUGCCAAGGUCAUUGAUGAGGAGGAAAGGCUGGCUAAAGAAAUCCAAUACUCUGUCCUGAAGAACGGAUACAAACCCGUUUGCCGAUCCUUCUACAACCGGACCGCUUUUCAAUUGCCAGCGGACGCUCGAGUUCGCAUUUCUCUCGAUACCGAGCUUACAAUGGUCCGAGAAGACAACCUCGACGGCCGCACUAGAUCGGGCGAUAACUGGAGGAGAAUGGAUAUCGGUAUCGACUAUCCUUUCUCCCAGCUACCUCCAGAGGAUGUCGAACGAUUCCCAUACGCUAUCCUUGAAGUAAAACUGCAGACUCAAGCAGGCCAAGAACCACCGUCAUGGGUCCGUGAACUUAUUGCAAGUCAUCUCGUCGAGGCCGUGCCUAAAUUUUCAAAGUUUAUCCAUGGCACAGCAACGCUCUUCCCUACUCGCAUUAAUUUACUUCCAUACUGGAUGCCGCAAAUGGAUAUUGAUAUCCGGAAACCCGCUACUCAAAAUUUCGGUAUUCAGCGUACUGACCACAUGACACAAAGCUCAACGAGCGAUGAUGACGAUGAUAUGGAUUCUGACGAUGACCCUGGGGAAGUCUCGCAGGGGUCGACUAUCGUUAGUGAUACCUCUGAGGGAAACUCUCACCCCCGGCGCGAGAUGCGCCGCGACUUUUUUGGCGAUCUUCAACAUCGACCUCCCGGAAACGAUCUCGAUAUUGAAGAACGCGUUGGAGCGGAGCCACUCGAAGACCCGUACCCCCUUUAUGAUUCGGAUAUUGAUGACGAUGAGUCGGAUGUGAUUGAAGAGGCACGCCGUGUGGGAGGCUGGCCGUAUUAUUCGAAGCUCUUGAAGAAACAUGCAAGAUUAGCUGGUCAGCGGGUACUGACAGCUCUGCAUGCAAUUCAACCGACACCAAAUCCCUCCGCUGUCCCCAUAGACGACCGGCAAGCGGCCUUGGCCGUGACUGGUAGGAUCGAAAAUAAACGUUUCAGGGCGCCAAAGGGAAAGAAGAUCCAUGUGCCGGUCAGAGUAGAGCCAAAAGUGUACUUCGCCGCAGAAAGAACUUUCCUGUCUUGGCUCGAGUUCUCUAUCUACCUAAGCACAAUCGCAACAACACUGCUUAACUUUGGUGCGAAAUCCUCUGGCAUGUCCUUCCUUGCUGCAGGAUCGUUCUCCGCCGUAGCAGUUUUAGCGCUGCUAUAUUCGGUUGUUAUCUAUCUUUAUAGAAGUCGCGCGAUCAGAACGAGGCAAGUUAUUAAAUAUCAUGAUAGUAUUGGCCCGAGCACCCUUUGUGGAGCCCUAUUUGUAGCUGUUGUCUUGAACCUGGGUUUUGAGCUGAAGGAAAGGGGGUAUAUAUAG